AUGGAGAUCGAUGAACAAUCACCACGAGUAGUAAUACCAGGCGACAUCAUUGAAGAGGCUACAGAGUCAGAUAUUACACUCGGCCCAGGUUUACGACAAGAAAGCGAACACAUUGUUGCAACAAAAGCCGGUAUACUGAAGCAUUUACCGGGCAAAUGGUGGAUCGAAAGCAAUCAGAAACGUUAUGUAGCAUCAACAGGCGAAUCCGUAGUGGGCCAGAUUAUUAGUAAACUGACAGAGUAUUACCGCGUCGACAUUGGCACAGCCCACACUGCCAUUUUACCAGCACUUGCGUUUGAAGGCGCGACGAAACGAAACAAACCCAAUCUCAAUUCCCGCUCACUCGUCUAUUGUCGUGUUGCUAUGGCCAAUCGUGACAUGGAAGCAGAGCUUGAAUGUGUUAAUCCAGCAACAGGCAAAGCGGAUGGAUUUGGUGAACUGAAAAGCGGCCAUGUUAUCAAGUGCUCAUUAGGUCUGUGCCGGAGGUUGCUGGAUCCCAACACGCCUAUCUUGGCUUUGCUUGGAGAGCAUUUUCCGUUUGAAUUGGCCGUAGGCAUGAACGGUCGCGUUUGGAUUCAUUCCAACAGUGUCAAGGAUACCAUCAUGCUCGCCAAUGCGAUUCAAAACUCAGAAUAUCUCGAUGCGGACGAGUGCAAGGCUAUGGUUCAAGGACUCAUCAAUAAAGCAUAG